AUGCUGCGCCAGCCGCUGACAAGGGCGCUUGCGCUUAGCUCUCCAGCACGAGCGGCACCGCUAGCUGUUCGUCGUUACGCUGAGAUUGCUCCUCAACCUGACAAAGUAGAAGUAUUCAUUGAUGACAAGCCUGUUUAUGUUCCACCAGGCACUACUGUCCUGCAGGCAGCUGCACAGGUUGGUGUUGAAAUACCAAGGUUCUGUUAUCAUGAACGACUGGCAGUUGCUGGCAACUGCAGAAUGUGCCUUGUUGAGGUGGAGAAAUCUCCAAAGCCGGUGGCAGCUUGUGCAAUGCCAGUCAUGAAAGGCAUGAGAGUGAAGACCAAUUCAGAUCUGACUAGAAAAGCUCGCGAGGGUGUGAUGGAGUUUCUUCUUGUGAAUCACCCAUUGGAUUGUCCAAUUUGUGAUCAGGGUGGGGAGUGUGACUUACAAGAUCAAUCCAUGGCAUUUGGUUCGGACAAGAGUCGAUUCACUGAUAUUCAUUUCUCUGGAAAAAGGGCUGUGGAAGAUAAGGAUGUCGGACCUCUGAUCAAAACUAUAAUGACACGCUGCAUUCACUGCACUCGGUGUAUUCGCUUUGCUUCAGAAGUGGCUGGCGUUGAUGAUCUUGGUACCACCGGCAGAGGUACAGACAUGCAGGUCGGAACAUAUGUCGAAAAAAUGUUCCUGUCGGAGUUAUCAGGCAAUAUCAUCGACUUGUGCCCUGUAGGCGCUUUGACGUCGAAGCCGUACAGUUUCGCCGCUCGGCCUUGGGAAACUAGGAGAAUCGAUUCUGUGGACGUUUUAGAUCCCUUGGGUAGCAACAUCGUCGUAUCGACACGAACAAAUGAAGUCCUGCGUAUUCUCCCGAGAACUAACGAGGAGAUCAACGAGGAGUGGCUGUCGGAUAAGUCGCGAUUCGCGUGUGACGGGCUGAAGCGGCAGCGGCUGGUGACGCCGCUGAUGGCGGACAGCCGCGGCAACCUCACGCCCGUGGACUGGGAGGACGCCGUCGUGGCGGCCGCGCGCGCGCUGCGGGACUGCCCGCCCGACAAGCUGUUGGCGGUUGCCGGCGAUAUGGCUGACGCCGAAUCAUUGGUGGCGUUAAAAGAUUUGCUCAAUAGGCUUGGCUCUGAGAACGCUUGCACGGAGCAAUACUUCCCGCUAGAGGGCGCCGGUAUUGAUUUGCGAUCCACCUAUUUGUUGAACACUGGUAUUGCAAAUGUCGAGGACGCUGACUUUGUGCUCCUUAUCGGAACGAACGUGCGUUUCGAGGCGCCUCUCCUAAACACCCGUAUUAGGAAGGCUUUCAUCCACAAGGAUACCGAUGUCGCGCUAAUUGGACCUAAAGUUGACCUCACCUACGAUUAUGUGCAUGUAGGCGAGUCAGCGUCGAUCGUGAAGGAUCUAGCAUCGGGAACUUCUGCUCACGAAGUGCUGCGCAAGCUGGAACAAGCGAAGCGGCCCGUUGUUAUCCUUGGAGCAGACCAGCUCAAGACACAGGAGGGAGCUGCUUUGCUGGCGUACACACAGGAGUUGGCCUUGCGUUUGCAGGACAAACUUGAGGACAAGAACUGGAAGGUUCUGAACGUGCUCCAACGAACCGCAUCGCAAGUGGCCGCCCUGGACAUCGGCUACAAGCCCGGCGUGGGCGCGCUGCUGUCGGCCGGCCCGCAGGUCGUGUACCUGCUGGGGGCCGAUAGCGGCGUGGUCACUCGCGAAUCCUUGCCCAAAGAUGCUGUGGUUAUCUACCAAGGGCACCACGGGGACGCGGGCGCGGCGAUCGCGGACGUGGUGCUGCCGGGCGCCGCCUACACCGAGAAGCGCGCCACCUACGUGAACGCCGAGGGCCGCGCGCAGCAGACGCUGCCCGCCGUCACCCCGCCCGGACAGGCGCGCGAGGACUGGAAGAUCAUCAGGGCUAUAUCAGAAGUGGUGGGUGUACGCCUACCGUACGACAAUUUGGAUGAAGUGAGGGACCGUCUCAGCCAAAUAAGUCCAGCCCUUGUCACCUACGGCGACGUGCAGAAUAACAACUACUUUGCACAGGCCAGAGCGCUCGCACAGAGCCUUCAAAAGCCAGUCUCCGGUAAUCUAGAUGUCAAACUGAAGACUCUCGAGGACUAUUUCAUGACGGACGCCAUCAGUCGCGCUUCACCAACUAUGGCUAAAUGUGUACAAGCCGUUCUCAAACAAAAGCAGUCGACAUACUAG